AGCCUGGUUUUGAGAGUGAUUGAGAAAGAAAUUUGUUCCUAGCUUCUAGUAGCUAAGAUUCAGUCACCUCUGAAGAUAAAUUUUCAUUUUGUAACCUCCAUCCUUGUUCAGAUUGUUUGCAUUUCUCUUCUCCCUGAAACUGCUUCGGCGCAGCGGCGCCGAGGAAACAAGGUCAGUAGUUACAGCAUGUGUCGGGCAAAAUGAGUGUAGGUCACAAAGAAGGGUUUGGUGUCGAGUCGUGGUAGCGAGCCCUGCUGUGUUGGCUUUUAUCUACAAAGCGGGGCGAAAGCCUGCUUUCUGGGUAGUGAGUGGCGCAGAAAGGGAACAAAAUCCAGCUUAGGUGAGUGUGACCUCGUCUCGAAAAGGAACAGGAAUAAAAACGUCGCUGCUCCAGCUUUGGAACUGGCGUGUGUAAAUUGAUAUGAAAGUGAUUCAGAUAAUAAUGCAGAGCUGCUGCUGCUGCUGCUUCAGUGUAGCCUUGCAUUCAGGCUGCAAGUGAUUCAGAGAGUUAUUCAGAGAAUGAUGCAGAGCUGCUUCGGUGAAAGAGCUGAGCCUAGUCUUGAGAGAGCCAGAGUGAGGAUAUGGUGGACGGUGUCUGUCUUGGCUACUGUAGCUGGCUGGUGUGCCUGUUGUGUAGCCGUACUGACAAGUGAGCAUGCAUGCAGGCUGCGUCGUUAAGCUUCUGACAGUGACACAUUAUCUGCACACGGACACACACACAUACACCAGUCAAAUAUACAGUAGUGGUUGGUACUAACAGGAAAAAGAUGACACGUUCAGCUGGUGGUGUAGCACACGAGGCUAAGGCAGAAUUAUCAGAAGAAACACAGGUGAUCUUCCUCCAGACUGCAAAAAAGUUGUCUAGGUCUCACAAGAUGUUGCAGCCUUGGGGUCUCAGAAGCCGUGAUAUGAUGGAUGCGUUUUGUUUUGUUGCCCCGGUCCACUCAACACUUGAACUCGCCUGCUAAUGACAAUUUCUCGCCGGCCGGCCGGCCGGCCCUCCUCCCCGGACGGCACGGCAGCUCGACUGAUCUGGUCACGGUCACGCCACACUAUCAUCACCGUCGUCGUCAUCGUCUCGCCAACAUCUAUUUAUAGAUGGAAACCUAGCUGGGAGAGCAGCACUAGCAUUAGUAAGACGGACAGAGAGCUCUUGAGGGAGGGGCGGCGCUCACCGUUGAUCGGAUCCAUGUCGGGCGACUGGGGCCCGGUGCUGAUCGCGACGGCCUUCUUCGUGGUGAUGCUGCCGGGGCUCAUCUGCGAGAUCCCCGGCGGCGGGGGGCGCGGCCGGCCCGAGUUCCACAGCAUGAAGACCAACGGCAUCGCCAUGUUCGUCCACACCGUCAUCUUCUUCGCCUUCUGCGCCAUCUUCAUGGUCGCCGUCGGCGUCCACGUCUACGCCGGCUAGCCCUCCGGCGCCAUACAUACUACAGCAAGACCACCAGCUAGCUAUCGUGUGUGUUCCAUGUUUGAUUUUUUUUCUCUCUUCUUUUAUCUAAUAUGCUCAGGAUUGUCUGUCAGUUCAUCAACCUGUGAUUUAUUGAAUGGUUGAUUUGAGCCA